AUGUUCAGACGGGUUUGUUGUCUAUUAUUACUGUUAAUAUACGACGUGAACGGGAGUAAAUGUAAGCACGUUGGGCAGAGAUUCGUCGACAACUUUAUUCAAUUUCAAUGCGCAGAAGGGGAUGCGGCUAAUGAGCUGCAAAUCAAGCCUAUUGGUAUGUUAUUCAGCUGUUCUAUAAUGGUUUAAAUUAUUUUUUUAAAGUUGUUCAAAUAAUUCUGUGCCCACUAAGCCCAAAAAUUUGUUCUGAGAGAAGACACAGAAUUAUUUGAACAACCUAAUAUAAAUAAAGUUUAGCCUUAACAAUGUUCUAAUAAUAUCAAGAUAGGUUCGGUACUAGACGUUGUAGACAGUGCCGGGCGGGACUUUUGGUCGAGGGGUGGGGGUCGAAAAAAUCCACAGGGGGGACCACGUUCAACCUUUUUGCGAAAAUUUUUUUCUGGGGGGGGGGAUUCCCCCCCCCCAGCGCCCGGCCCUGGUUGUAGACGUGGUACUAGACUUAACACUACCUUGUAUUUGCCAGAAUCGCACUCAUUUCAGGUUGUGUCCCAUCAAACUCGGGUAAUGGAUCAGCCAUACCACUGGGAUUGUCAUAUACGGGUAAACACUUUCGGUACGAAUGUGUUAAAGACGAUCUCAGGGAUCAUGUCCAAUUGAAAAUUACUCGUAAGUUUAAAUAUUUUUCAUUUUUAUUGUAAAAUACGGUCCUAAUUCCAAAGAUCGUUAUAAAAGAGUUCUCAUUGUCUUUGCAUAAAAACGAUACCUAAACUCACAUCAAAAGACAAAAAUGCAUUUUAGGUAAUAAAUUUUAAUUCAAUAUACUUAAAGAUAAUAAGCCUAAAGCAAUAAGUUUAGCAGCCCCUUUAAAAUGUAAUCGCUAUAAACCAAAUUUCAGAUUGCGUAGACAACAAAGGCUCAAUAAUAGCCAUUGGUGAGCAUUUCACGAUAACCAACGAUGUUGGAGAACAUGAAACCAUGGAAUGUGUUGGAGAUGCUCAGAAAGUGAAAAAAGUCGUUUUUAAAUGUGGGUUUGACAAAUAAUGAUAAUAUCAACUCUGAACCUUGUAUAUUAUACAAGGUUCAGAGUUUUUAAGGGCCUUAGACCCACUCCGAAGCCACAACUGUCUUGGAGCCGGAUUUGCCCUGGAGCCGUUAGGAAUGCUGACCAGGGUCGGGCGGGGCUUUUCUUCUGGGUGCGGGGGUCGAAAAAACUCCACAGGGGGGACCACGUUCGGCUUUUUUCGAAAUUUUUUUUGGGGGGGGGAAACUCCCCUCCCCCCCCCCUCCCUCUUCAGCGCCCGGCCCUGGAUAAUACCCUAUCAUGUAUAAAUAUAAACUAAAAAUCCAAAAACAUCCUUUGAAAUAUUAGGUUAUUCAAAUAAUUCAGAGCCCUCUAGCCCCGAAAAUUUUCUUAAAAGGGGGGCUCCGAAUUUUUUUAAACAACCUAAUAUCUUACAUAAAAAUCCAAUAAAGCGGUCGAAACAUUAAAAAUAUUAUGUUGUUCAAAUAAUUUUGUGCCCCCCUCUAUUAGCGCCCAUCCCUGACUCUGACUAUAACAAUACUAAACCUUAUACCACAAUUUCUAAUUUCAGGGAAGAAAUGUAAGCUGCCAGGAGGCUCCGAGCUCACUGAAGGCAACUUUAUAACGAAAAAAGUUGCUCCAGAAAGUCUUCGAACCGAGCUGCAAACAGAAGAAAUCAUUUCAUGUCAACGACGCGGAGCUGACGUUGAUCUACAGUGCACUGGUAAGGUUUAGCAAAGAUAUAAAGACAAGACUAUAAACUAGUGCUCAAUAUCAUAGUAUGUCAUUUUAGGAUGCGUGGCACUGGAUGGAAUUCACGUUGGAGUGGCUUCGUACUCAAACAUACGAAGUCAAUGGGUACAAUGUCGAAGAGUACUAGACGGCUGCCGACUAGUCAACGUUACAGAGGACUGUAAGUCAAUAGCUAUUAAACUAUAGGGUAACUCCUGUAUAACAAAUGGCUCGGAGACUUUAUCUCUUGUGAAGGCAUUUUGUUAUACAAAAGUUGCUGCCUAAAACCUGUCGUAUAACAAAAGCUCUUCUCUCACAUAUUUUAGGCUAUAAAUCGACUAAUUAUGAUAAAUUCAAAGCCUAUUUUAGACAUUAAUUGCCAAUACAACGACCAGACCUAUCAAAAUGGCGAAACGUUCGAAAGUCGAUCCGGUAAAACCAGAUACGUUUGUGAUCAUGGUGCUGUUCUCAAGCUAGGUAUGUUUUUAUAGUACUAGGUACUUCCUAAUACUAACUUAACCCUUCAUAAUACUAUCCUAACCCUUCAUAAUACUAGCCCAACCCUAUCUUAGACCAGGUUUUGAGACCCAGACAUAAGCCCAAUGCCCAACGUAUAUGCUCAGGGCCCAACGUUUAGGCCCGGUCCGCUUUGAUUUUUCUCAGACUGACUCGGUCUAGUCAAAAAAUUCUAGACGUGGCCUGGCCCGGCCUAGCAGAUUUAAAAUAAGUUUUCAAAAAAUUUUUUGAUAGCGGGCCUACUUUUCAAGCCCGGCCCGUUUUACUUUAGCUCAAGGCUGGCCCAAUCAAAAAAAAUUUCGGCCUGGCCCAAAAGACAAAAAAAUUUUUAAAUAAAAUUUUUGGGCUCUGGCCUACUUUUCAACUCCGGCCGUUUUGACUUUAGCUCAAGGCCAGCCCGGCCCAAUCGUAAGGCCGGGCCUACACGGCCCGUUCCUCACCCCUAGUGGAUCCACCUCCAUUUCCCUUCAUCAUCCCUAGCGUUGCCCCUUUGUUAAUUGUAAUUGACUAUUUAGAUUGCCUUUUAGAUAAAAAAUUAAAUUUAGGUUACUUAUUUGGUACCAAUUUACUAUUUAUAUUUAGGCUGCCUAUUCGACAACACUUUGGUCGCUUUGGGCAAUGUACACUAUGUUGAUGGAGAGCCACAACUAUGUCGUCAGGUCGACGAACCAAUGAAGUUUGACGUUCGUACGUGACAUUUUUUAUACUGCUUUUUUAUGUUACCCUACUCUUAAUUAUACUAUUGCUUUUUAUAUUACAGUAGCCUGUCUGCCCCCAUUUUCUAAUCAUUUAAUAACUUUGUAGACUAAAAUUAAGUAAAACUUAGAUUUUAUGAAGCUGCAAAGGUGUUCAAAUAACUCUCUGCUCCCUCUCAAAGUAAAUUUUCAAAGUAGGGGGCACAGAAUUAGUUGAAAAGCCUAAUAGAUGCCCGAGAUAAUACAGUAAAGAACAAUCCGAUACCGCUGCAUUAGGUUGUCUAAAUAAUUCUGUGCCCCCUCUCAAAAAACGUUUUUUAGGUUAGAGGGCACAGAAUUAUCUGAACAAUCUAAUAAAAUGAAUAUUAAUUUAGGUGGAUGCCAAACCUCACCAACAUUCACAAGAAAGUUCAUGGAGACGUGGAAGGAUGGAGAUGUUAUGAAAAGGUGUGGCUACACAAUAGAAGGCAAUUAUGUCAAACCGGAGAUCACUGAAUACGGUAAUCUUGUUUUACUAUCAAAUUUAAACAGCUUACUGUACCAAGCCAUCAGACGUUGACUCAUGAACAAAAAGCUUAAAAAGUGCCAUACAUGUUUAUCUUAUAUGUAUAUGUUUAUCAAAAUUAAUUUUUCAGCAUGUUAUCACAUAAAAGAAGAAGUGGCUCUAAACACGGUGGUUCAAAGCCAUCAAGGAGUCUUCAAAAAGUGUAUAAAGACAGAUUCAGGAGGUUUGAUAAUGCAGGAAAUGGAUAGUAAAGACACUGAAGCCUACUUGAAGCGAAAAGUAAGGCAAUAGGUAGACCUUUAAAGAGGUUAGGCUGGUCCUAAUUGUGCUGGCCUAGCCUCUUUCAAGGUUUAAGUAAACAGCUUUAACAUCAUAUUCGUUUUACAACCUUCUCAAGUCAAAUAUUUCGUUGCGGGACCUUAGCUGAGCCCCUGAAGCCUUAAUUUGGUCCGUCGCCUUUGGCCCCAACAGUACCGGUCCUUUCCAAACUUGCUUCGGCCCGGCCUUACUUUGAAGCCGGUUCUAGUGGGUCCCUUUCAGGUUUAAUGACACUACUAACCUUAAUUGAUGAUGUAAUAAAGACUUUUCUCUAUAAGUAAAGUGUCUAUAACAAUAUAAUUUUAGUCAUUACACCUGAACCUAGUCGAAUAUUUGGGCGUCGGUGGAAAAGGGAUUGUACAAAGCGAUGUUCAACAUGAUGAUAGUACGUUGUUUUAGAUUUUUUUGAAAAUCUUUCGCACUUUGAACUUUUAUAGACCUUAAAAUCAAGUUACUUUGUAAUUCCACCAUCUUUAUACCUAGGGUCAAAAAAACAAUAAUUAUAGUGCCUAAGGUCAAGAAAAGCAUAAUGUAUCUAGGGCCAAAAAAAGACAAUUACAGUGCCUAAGGCCAAAUAAUACUAAUUAUAGUACACUUUUAGGAAACUGCACAUCACACUAAACACACACAUGCACCAUACUACAUUUAAUUGUAAUACGCACCUCUCUCUCGGAAAUUUAUGUUAAUGUACUCGCACAGCACUGUUAUAGCCAUAAUUUAUUCAAUUUUUGUUUUUCAUUGUUACAUCUGGCAGCAAGGAUAAUCGCUAGAGGGGUUCUUAUCUGUAGGAACGUCUUCGUCUGACAGAAAUAACUUGGGUAUUAAACUUUUUGGAUUAACUUGAAAUGUUAUCUUAGUUAUUUGAAGCGUUAGAUGAAUAACAUUAAAAGCUUUUUUAACCAAAAUACAAGGUGCGCAAAAAUUUCUGUUGCAAAACUUGUAAACUCACAUCUCACGGCACCAAAAAUAUAUUAUGACGUUUGAACCAACUUGAACACACAGCACCAAAAAAAUACUAAAAAAAGCCAAUUUAUGCCCCCUUUAAAGGUUGUCGAGACCACCUCCCCUACUGCAGACGACUUGUGAACUACUGUUCUGAUGGUGAAGCAGACGCGGGUUUAAUGAUCGAAGCUUAUGAAGAAUAUGGCAAAGUCCAGAAGCUUUUCGAAGAUCUUUCUGGUGCCAAGAAAGGGCCUUUGAAGCCUAUUGGAUGUGAAAGUAAGUUCAAAUACAAGCCGAAUCAAUUUUUGAAAAAAUUUCAAAAAAUUUUUUAGCUUUUUCAAAAUUUUAAAGUUAAUUUUAAAAAGUUUUUAUGUCAAUAUUAGAUAGCAUUUUCGUAUUUUACUAUCAAAUAUUUUUUAAAAUCAAAGUUAAAUUUUGUAGCUCAAUUAGCGCCGUUCCGCAAAGUUCAAGUAAUGGUGGAAAUGGCCUGUCAACGUACUUGUAAGCGGUGUAUACCUGGUAAGCUAUACAGUACAUUAGAACUUUUGAAUAACAAACUCCUCUAUAACAAUAUUAUACAGUUUUCCUAAUUUUUUUUUAAUUUUGGUUCAGCCAAACCCAGCCCGACCCGGGGCCAAAUCGCGCCGCAACCGGGCCUGGCGGGCCCUCCUUUAAAGUCUAGUUAUAGAGGAGUUUCUUUUCAAAUUUGGGCCCCUUCUACGUUUAUUUGCUACAAACUUUGACUUUCCUAACAUUGAAGCAAUCUUUUCCCAAUUUGAUACCUACAUUAACAUAAACCUCAAUUUCAGAACACCAACUCGAUUCACUGGUCGAUAAUUUGGAAAAUACAAGUCACUGCGGUAAAUAG